AUGGCUGGGCCUGCGAGGGCUGGUCUCCGCGGCGGGAGAUCUGGAGGCGGGGCAGGGACCCGGGGCAGGCGUGCUCACUCCCGUCCUCGGUUGCCCCAGCCGUACGGGGACGACCCCCACGGCGGGGCAGCUGUAGAGGGAGGCCCUGGCAUUGCCCCGCGGCCCGCAGCCUGCUCGAAACGCCCCCGUCCCGGCUGCGGUGCCUGCCGCGUGGACCCCUGGCCGCCGCCGGGCUGGGGAAGGCGUGCCCGCCCCGGAGCCAAUCAGAGCAGCUCGGAAGCCGCGAGCCGACCGGCGGUCCCGCGCACGUGGUCGCCGAGGCGUGGCCCGCGGCCGCCCGCCCCGCGGAGAUGGCUGAAAGCUUGCGUCACAGGCGCGGGCUGCCUGGGCGGACAGCGGUAUCCACUGUGGUCACUUGUCUUGACCGUAUAUUCGGCUGAACCAGCUGUGCGCGCGGCCGGGAGAAGGAAGACGGGCGGAUCCCGCCUUGCGCGCACCUGCGGAGGGAAACAGUCGGGAGGAGCCCCAGGGAGGCCCCUGACCCAUCAGCGAGGCUGCAACGGCCCGCAGAGGGCUCCGCGGGCUCACCCGCGGCGGCAGGGAAUGGCCGGGCCUGCGACCGAAAGAGGAGCACAGAAGCCACCUUCUGCUAAAGCUCAGGCGUCUCAGAGGCCCCUGAGAAGCCAGAGUGUCUUGCAUGACCCUCCCGCCCACGAACCUGGCCUUGGAGAGUGCGGGAACCCCAGAUACUGGGGACUGACACCCGAGUUGGACCUUGACCCCCUCACCCCUGUCAGGCCCUGCCCUGCAUCUGGCUCCAGGGUCUAA